AUGACCAGCACGGAGAGGGCCAGGCCGCGGAGCGGGUGGGCGCUGAGGUCGCUGUUUCAGGGGCAGCAGCAGCAGCAACAGCAGCAGCAGCAGCAACAGCAGCAGCAAGAGCUGCGGCAACACCAGCAGCAGCAGCAACAGCAACAGCAGCAGCAAGAGCUGCGGCAACACCAGCAGCAGCAGCAGCAGCAGCAACAGCAGCGCAGCGGGAAGCGAAAAGCAACAGCAGCAGCAGCAGCAGCGCCAUCACCGCAGAUAGCAACAGCAGCAACUGCCGCAGCAACAGCUGCAGCAGCAGCAGCAACAGCAGCAGCAACGGCAGCAGCAACAGCAGCAGCAAAAGCAGCAGCAGCAGAAGCCAGUGUUGAACCGCAGCAGCAGCAGCAGCAGCAGCUGCAGCAGCAGCAGCAUCAGCAGCAGCAGCUGCAGCAGCACCAGCAGCAGCGCCAGCACCAGCCGCAGCAUCACCAGCCGCAGCACUACCAGCCGCAUCAGCACCAGCCGCAGCAGCAGCAGCAGCAUCAGCAGCAGCAGCAGCAGCAUCAGCAGCAGCAGCAGCAUCAGCAGCAGCAGCAGCAGCAGCAGCAGACUUUGCCUCUGCGCCGCGUGGCGAGCCUGCGUUCGCUGCUGCAGCUGCGCGGGGCCCCGCAGCAGCAGCAGCAGCAGCAGCAGCAGCAGCAGCAGCAGCAGCACCCGGCGGACGAAAUCGAGGCCCAGAGGCCCCUCGCCCCAAACCCUUACGAUGGCUCUUAUAAGAGGCCCCUGGGGGCCCCCGACCCUUUCGACAUUCCCCGCGAGAAGUUCCACCAGUUCAUGUGGGGCCGCCCGCAGCGUUUCUCCAAAGAGUUCAAAGCCACGACGCUGGGCCUGGCCCUCGCGUGCUUCGGGCUGGGGCUGACUUGGCUGACGGCCUUUUUGAUGCGCCCGGACGACUUCGAGUGGGUGGAGGCGGAGCGCCGCAGGCUGGCUGCGCUCAAGCGCCGCCUGCAGCAGCAGCAGCAGCAGCAGCAGCAGCAGCAGCAGCAGCAGCAGAAUGUUCGGAGUUGA